AUGUCGCAACCCAAAUCCCGGCGACAACAAGACAAGCUCGACAAAACCAACUUUUUCUCGCAAAAAAAAGUGGCAGCCCUAGCUAUACAAUCCGCGGCCGCAGACCAACAAGAUGGCGCUGAACAUUCAGGAGGCAGCAGCCCUGGUUCGGAAGCCGACUCACCACAAAAUGAUGGGCUGCUUACCAUAACAACACUGAAACAAGCCCUAGAAGAACAAUCGCAACGAUUAAUUUCAAUUUGGCAAUCAAGCGUUGCAGAAUUAAAACGCGACAUACAAGACAUCGGCUCCCGCACAACGCACGUGGAGACCAAAAUGGAGGACUUAAUUGACGCACAUAAUGCAUCGACUGAACAAAUCAAAUCCCUCUCAUCCCAAUUGCAGCACUGCAAAACCAAGAUUAUGGACCUCGAGGACAGAUCAAGGAGAAGCAACAUUAGACUGAGGGGCAUACCGGAGACUAUUCUCCAAGCAGACCUUCCCAGCUAUGUGCACGGCCUUUUCAAAGCUCUGGCCCCUGAGGUCCACACGGACAUGUUGCUAUUAGACCGCCUACACAGAAUCCCGAAACCCCAACAAAUAGCGGCUUCACUACCCAGGGAUGUUUUGCUGAAAGCCCACUAUUUCCACGUGAAGGAUCUAUUAAUGCGGAGGAGCAGGACGGCGAAAGACUUACCGAUGGAAUAUGCCGCGAUCAAGAUGUUUUCUGACCUUUCCGCGGCCACCCUGAGACAACGCAAGACCUUCCAGCGGGUAACGGAGACCCUCCGAGCCAACCACAUUCUGUACCGCUGGGGUUUCCCGGUUCGCCUCAUUGCCUCAAGAAACGGGACAACCACGACCAUCCACACGGUGGAAGAAGGGCUGGACCUCCUAAGACAAUGGAACUUACCCGUGGUAGGGGACUCUCAAGCUCCCAAGGGCCCGCGCCGAGUGGAGAAAGACUGGCAUACUACCAACUAA